UUACCAUACAAACCAAACCAACCCCAAAUGUUUUCUAAACCAUAUAUUCUUUUUGAAUCUUUCAUCAUCACCUUCUUCUGUAAUUCCUUCUCCCACACUUAAUAAACCCUUCUGAAAUCUCUCCAUCUUCUAUAUAAUCUUCAAUCUUGAAAGGGCUCAACCAUUGAAGCAAAAAAAAGAAGUUUUUCAUUGUCUUUUUUUUUAUCAACAUGAAUAUAGAACCAACAAAAAUGACCGCCACCCAUUAUCAAAAUCCAUCCCAGUUUUUAGAUCAAGCUAAUGAAACUCAGCAGCCUGACGAGGAAAGCUCGUUAAAGGGUCGGUGUUCGGCCAGAGUUGAUGAAGUUGCUAAAGAAGGAACGGUGAGGGGGGUUGAAAAGUUAAUGGAAGAAGAUAAUGGACGAGAGAGAUUGAAGAAGCAUAGGAUUGAAAUGGGAAAAAGUAAGGUUUGGAUACCGGAUAUAUGGGGUCAAGAAGAACUUUUGAAGGAUUGGAUUGAUUGCUCUGGGUUUGAUGAUUGUUUGGUGCCUAGUGGGAUUAUGUUAGCUCGUGAAGCUUUGGUUGAAGAAGUAAGAACAGGUUCUGGUGGGGUUAGAAUAGAAAACAGGUGUUGAAUAGUUAUCAUCAAUAUAUCUUUUCAUUUCUUUAUCUAAUGGUUUUAAUUAUAUGGUUUUUCGCCAUGUACUAAUUAUAUUUCAUACACUUCAAUAUUUUAAUUUCGCAUUAUAUA